GGUGACGUCCUGAGGAAGAUGCCAUUUCCGAUUUUUUUUUGUUGGGGAAAUGGAGGCGAGUGCGAGGUUGUUGCAGGCUGGUGUGAGUCCGAAGAACCAAGUCGGGGUUGGUGCUGCUGAUGUUGCCUUCGCGGACCUUGAACGAGUCGUCAAUGGUUGGAUGCUCGAGUUUAACUUGCACUGCGCAUUCAAAGCAUUCCGAGCUGGGCAGCAUGAGGAGUUUUGCGCCAUCCUGAAUGUGAUAACAGCUAUUUUAAAUCGACCAUACAUUGACACAGAUGAGAUUGGAAAGAAACUUCUAACAAUACAAUUUCUAUCCAAAUUUGAGAAUGAUGCCACACCACUGGAAUCUGUUUUAAAAAUUCUGGAUCAGUUGAAGCCAGAGUUCUCAAUUGGUGAGGAUUUGUUCCAAGAGGUCAGAGGAGCUGUGGUGGAGCAGGCUGCAGUUGAAUCCAUUAAGAAUAACUGUUUUCUAGAAGCUUCUAAGAUUUUGGAACGGCAUUUCAAAAAGGGCAGCAUUGAUGAGAAAUUGCUUUCAGCAAUUCGAGAGAAGAAUUCUUCCCAUCGUGAUUUGCAUUUAUUUUCAUACAGCAACUUGAAAAGGAAGAUGCUGCUUUUUGCAGAAAGCUUAAUCGGCAACUCUGAACCAUUUCUUCUUCUCAGUGCAAAAACCUCUAUAUCAAGAUCAUCAGAAGUCCAUGAUGAGGAAAUAAGAAUGGACUGUAGUCAAGAGGUGCAUCAGGAGAGGCAGGCUUCAGAAUGGGAUAAAUCUUCGUCAAAUCCAAUAGAUAAAUGUUAUGUUUGUUCUAAUAGAGUGCAAGUUCAGCCUGGCCGUCCAAGCAGCUUUAUAGCCCUACAAACAGCGUUCUGCAUCCUUCAUAAAUUAGAAGUGGAUCCACUGACAUCUUUUAAAGAAAUAGAUGAAUUGGAUUUUGAAAUGGUUAGAAACAGCGAAUUACAAGAUGUGAUAAGUUACAAGAAGCAGGUGGCUGAGGAAAGUGCUACUCAACAAUCUGAUAAGCCAGCUGCAAAGUGCAUACAGGCUGUUUCUCGGUUUAUUAUAGACCCAGACAGUCAGGAUGAGGUAGAAUAUCCUGAUGCAGUAACCGAGUCUAAUAACGAACUGGGAUUUCAACAAGACGAUGUGAAAUGUGUACAGACACGUAAGAGAGGCAGCCCUCUUAAAGAAAUUUCACAUAAGGAAAUCACCUUUCGACGAGGCAAGCGGUGGAACUGCUUGAAUUAUCCUGGAGUAUUUGAGGACAAAGAAGAAUGGAGUGAUGAAGAAUUUCUUUUUGAUGUACCUCAAAAAAAUUCCAUCCGAAAUGGAAGAACUUCACCAACAGAGAGUAAUUGUCCAUUUUCAUCUAAAAAGCAGAAAUGGACGGUUGAAGAAAGUGAAUGGAUUAAACAGGGUGUAAAAAAGUUUGGAUUAGGAAAUUGGCAGAAGAUCCUAAAACAUUACCCAUUUUGUGAUCGCACUGGUGUCAUGAUUAAAGAUCGAUGGCGAACAAUGCAAAAGCUUGGAAUGACUUAAAAGACAAUAUUGAACUUUAUAAACAUUUGCCCUUGUUAUAUUAUGUGAUGUGCAAAACCUAUUCGCCUUGUACUGUACAAGAAUACUGACUGCCUACUUAAAAUUAGAUUGCGAUGAAAGCCAGGCCUUUUUCUAUUGGAAUUGGUGCCCUCACAUACUCUUCCUUGCAUUCAAGAAGUAUGGUUUUGUGGAAAUUUUUACCUUUGUGUUCAGUAGGUGAUUUGAAGAAUUAAGCUAGUUUUUAUUAUUUCCAGUGAAAUAUUUAGUCUUUGUUCUUUAUGUUUGCUUUAAUAUUGUGAAUUGAAUUUGGCUCAUAAUACUUCACAUGCAAUUGUACACAAUAGUCUGACAUUUAAAGAAUAAUUGUAAGACAAUAAAAAGUGCAAACUUCCCCACUAACCUCCCUGUAAUCUUUGGACACUAGUCAUUUUCUAUAGAUAAAUAUCAACAUGAUCUCCAGCAUAAGUAAAAACCCAGCAGUGCAACCUCAGGCCCAGAUUUAUACAAAUUUGAUUUUUUUUUUAACAAAUUCAUUCUGACUUGGAACAUGGGAAGUCUUGUGAUGGUUGGCUUGAAUUAUUUGAUCUGGAAGCAGUCUUGUCAUUAGUUGUGGAGUGAAGGAUUUGCCACAUCAUAAUGGUUGGCACUGCUGGUGAAGAAAUUUAAUUUUUAUGAACCAUAUCCACUUUGCAAUGACUUAUUGCAGCUUUUGCGCAGCUCUGUUUUACUACAUAACACAAUAGUGCUAGAUGCAUUAGGUAACACAUUUCCAUUAUUAGUUUUAGACUUGAUUGGGAGACAUCAAGUGAUUAUGAUUUCAUCACCUGCUACAGGAAACCUACAAAAUACUAUGGUGAUUCUGGGAAAAACUAGAUAAUUAAGUCAAAUUCAUAAUUUUACUGCAUGUUCUGGAGUUUGCCAGCAUUUUUAUCAAGGCCAUAUUAUGGCAUUCUGUCCAUCUUUCCAUAAAAAUCAUAAAUCAGUGACCUUGUUCAUCUCUUUAAGGACAGUAAAGUAGCAACCACUUUUAAAUUCCAUUUUUUUAAAUAGUUGUGGUAAAGCGGGUACUGUAUGUCUCACUUUAUUGUGUGGAUUGCAGAUAGUUUUAAUCAUGCCAGUACUCUGCAGGAAUUGCAAAAAUGUACAAAUAGCAGUUAGCUGCCUUACUACUUUUUUAAGCUUCCAAUUUAUGAAACUAAUAGUUAUCUUUUGCACAAUUAUGGCAAUGCAGAUAAGAAUACUUCAAAAAUUUCUAUAAUUUAGCAUUGCUUAUUUCAAAACAUUGUGAUUUUUAACUAAAACCUGUAUCGUCCACUUGUAUGGUAUCUAUAUCUGCCUGAAAGAUUGUUUCUGAUCUUUGUAGUGGAAAUGUGGAAAUCUUAAUUUGAUUUUUCAUUGAAAUUUCACAGUUUAGAAUUUUUUUAAAAAUGCAUUGCUGGACACGUAACUCAUCCAAGAUGCACCGUUUUCACCAUUUUUUUUUCAGUGCAAUGAAAGGAUUUAGGCACUCAAUUUUUCCACCCCAUAAUCUGUUACAGAUAACUUUGUUUCCAAUUAUUAAACUACCUUUUCAAUAUUGUUUGCUAUUCACCUGCUUGGAAACACAUUAAAAACAAAUUAUAUAUCUUCA